AUGUCUGCUGUAUCUGCUUCAAAAGCUAAAAGAGAACAAAAACGUUUAGAAAGAGAAGCUAAAAAAGCUGCUGAAGGUAAAUCUACCAAGAAGACCAAGAAACAAGCUGCUAAAGAUGCUGAAGAAAAAGAAGUUGAUGAUGCAGCUACUCAAAUUGCCAAAUUAAAAAUGCAAACUGAUGAUGAUGGGAUUUCUGAUAGAGUUACCACCGGUGUUUUAGAUUCCUUAGGAACUUCCAGAGAUAUCAAAGUAUCCCAAGUUUCCUUAUUAUUCCAUGGUAAAGUAUUAAUUCAAGAUUCCAUUUUAGAAUUGAAUUUUGGUAGAAGAUAUGGUUUAUUAGGUGAAAAUGGUUGUGGUAAAUCAACUUUAUUAAAAUCUAUUGCUGCCAGAGAAUUCCCAAUCCCUGAACAUAUUGAUAUUUAUUUAUUAAAUGAACCUGCUGAACCAACUGAAUUUAGUGCUUUAGAAUAUGUUGUUAGAGAAGCUGAACAUGAAUUAAAGAGAUUAGAAGAUUUAGUUGAAGAUAUUAUUGUUAAAGAUGGUCCAGAAAAUCCAGCUUUAGAAGGAUUAUAUGAAAAAAUCGAUGAUAUGGAUCCUUCAACUUUCGAAUCAAGAGCUGCUGUUAUCUUAACUGGUUUAGGUUUUAAUUCUGUUACUAUUAAAAAACAUACUAAAGAUAUGUCUGGGGGUUGGAGAAUGAGAGUUGCUUUAGCCAAAGCUUUAUUCGUUAAACCUACCUUAUUAUUAUUAGAUGAUCCAACUGCUCAUUUAGAUUUAGCUGCUUGUGUUUGGUUAGAAGAAUAUUUGAAGAGAUUCGAUAGAACUUUAAUCUUAGUUUCCCAUUCUCAAGAUUUCUUAAAUGGGGUUUGUACUAACAUGAUUGAUAUGAGAUUAAAGAAAUUAACUGGUUAUGGUGGUAAUUAUGAUUCUUAUGUUAAAACUAGAGGUGAAUUAGAAGUUAAUCAAAUGAAACAAUAUAAUAAACAACAAGAAGAAAUUGCUCAUAUUAAGAAAUUCAUUGCUUCUGCUGGUACUUAUGCAAAUUUAGUUAAACAAGCUAAAUCUAGACAAAAAAUUUUAGAUAAAAUGGAAGCUGAUGGUUUAAUUGAAGCGGUUGUUCCUGAUAAAGUUUUCUCCUUUAGAUUCCCUGAUGUUGAAAAAUUACCUCCUCCAGUUUUAGCAUUCGAUGAUAUGUCUUUCUCUUAUAGUGGUAAUCCAGAAGAUAAUUUAUAUGAACAUUUAGAUAUUGGUAUUGAUAUGGAUUCAAGAGUUGCUUUAGUUGGUCCAAAUGGGGUUGGUAAAUCUACUUUAUUAAAAUUAUUCCAAGGUCAAUUACAACCUCAAACUGGUAGAGUUAUUCAACAUACUCAUAUUAAAUUAGGAGUUUAUUCUCAACAUUCAGCUGAUCAAUUAGAUUUAACUAAAACUCCUUUAGAAUUCGUUCGUGAUAAAUUUUCAAAUAUUUCCCAAGAUUUCCAAUAUUGGAGACAACAAUUAGGUAGAUAUGGUUUAACUGGUGAAGGUCAAACUUCUCAAAUGGCUACUUUAUCUGAAGGUCAAAGAUCAAGAGUCGUUUUUGCAUUAUUAGCUUUAGAAGCUCCAAAUUUGAUUUUAUUAGAUGAACCUACUAAUGGUUUAGAUUUAUCAACUAUUGAUUCAUUAGCUGAAGCUAUUAAUGCAUUUAAUGGGGGUGUUGUUGUUGUCUCCCAUGAUUUCAGAUUAUUAGAUAAAGUUGCUAAAGAUAUUUUCGUUAUUGAAAAUAAAAAUGCUACAAGAUGGGACGGUUCAAUCUUAGAUUAUAAGAAAACCUUAGCUGAAAAAGUUGUCCUUUAG